AUGAUUGAUGAUCGAGGUUGUCAACUAGAUAUGGAAAAAUUAAAUAUUAUUUGUUCACUUUGCGAUUGGAAUGGAAUAUUUAAAGUUUAUCAAAAACAUUUAGAUGAAGCUCAUUUGAAUCCUUUCUGUAAACAUUGUGGAACAGUGUGCAACACAGUUAAUACUCUUACUCAACACAUACCUAUCUGUGAGAAAGUUUGUGUCAAUUGUCUUCUCGAAUCAUACGGUUGUAAUGAACAAUUCCUUCGAAUGAAUACACAAGAUCAUCUUCGAAGCGAAAAACAUCAAAGAAUAUUACUUCAAUAUAUUCUUGAAAAAACUACUCCAUCAGUAAUAUCUUCUCGUACAAUGACAACUAACAAUGGUGAAUAUGAUACGACUUCGAUGGGAAAUCUUCAAGAAUUACAUGAAACAAUUAAUAUUAUGUUGGAUGGUAUUAAGGCGUUAACUGAUGAUCUUCAACAACUCGGUUCAGAGUCACUCCAUCAUCAUACUUCACUAAGAUCCAUGUCUGAGGAUAUUUCGAAAUUGAAAAUUGCUGUUGAAGAAACACAUUCAUUGAUCGAUGCUCAUCAGACUAAUCAACAAAUCUUUCAAAGAAGUCUCGCUUCAUUUCAACAAGAACUAGAAGAACAAAAGAAUAUUUCAACUGAUGGCACAUUUCUAUGGAAAAUUACAAAUGUUCAACAAAAAAUAGUCGAUGCUCAGAAUGAGCAACAAGUUUCUGUUUACUCUCCCGCAUUCUAUUCAUCACCAAAUGGAUAUAAAAUGUGUCUUCGUCUGUAUUUGGCUGGUGAUGGUAAUGCUCGACAUACUCAUAUGUCGCUUUUCUUCGUACUUAUGCGUGGAGAGUACGAUAGUAUUCUUGAAUUUCCAUUCCGUUUCAAGGUGACGUUUGCUCUACUUGACCAAAUAUCUCAACAACGUCAUAUUUUCGAUUCUUUCCGACCUGAUAUAAAAUCAAAUAGUUUUCAAAGACCUCGAUCAGAUAUGAACACCGCUUCUGGUAUUCCAAAAUUUUUACCACUAACAAUCAUCCAACAAGAUAACAAUCCAUAUGUUCGUGAUGAUACAAUGUUUAUCAAAGCCAUUGUUGACUUUAGUGACAUACCAAAACAAUUAGUACCAUAUACAUUAAGUGUCAAUCCUGGUUUACCAAUUUUGACUCAACACGAAUUGAUCAAGCGCGAGAUCGAAAAACGAGCACAAGAAAAAUCACAAAUUACGUCUAACACAUCUAUGUCUAUCAAUCAAGAUAUGAAUAUGAAUCACGCUGGCAAUAAUGGUUAA